ACUGACCUUGAAGUCUAUAUUCAAUUCUUAGGCAGUAGUGGAGGUAGUUUGGGUAAAGUAUGUAUAACUUUUACAAAAUAUGGGUUGGUCACAUAAAGCUAAAGCAUUAAAGAGUUACAGUGAACAAUAAGUUUCAAAGUGACUAGUAAAUUACUAAUUACAAUAAGUCUAAAUGGUUGAGGGCAGCUGAUAGUAGAUACAAGGCUUAAGAUGUAUAAAUAUUUUUUAGCUAUACUUACGAACAAUUUUGUAGACGAUUCUUUGGUUUCAGAGCACUGCCGUGUUGUAGGAGAGGUUCUCAUUUUGAACCAGCCUGGACUUCUAGUAUUUACUGUCCAUGAACUGCAGUUAGAUAACUAAGAAAACUAGUAUUUAGAAUUCCUCAUUGGUCAGAUCGAUCCCUUUGUGGCUAUCACAAGGUGUUUCCUGUCCUUUCUUAAAUACAAAAACUGUCGGUGUUCAAGAUCAAUUAGGUAGGGUUUGUACAACGCCUAGACUAGUAGACAAUGCAAGUAGCCGUGCUGUUUAAACUGGUUUGUCAUCUUUAAAAACUCUGAGUUAGCCUAUCAGAGUGAUUUUUCACGUCGCUAGGGUUUUUGAAUGUAUGCUGCUUUGCUCCACUAGCCCUAAAGUCUGGUUUGUGUGUAGUUGUCGACGAUCGGCUCAUAACUACUCAUACUAAAGGUAUUUAGUGAUAUGUUUGUAGAUUUGUGCUAUGUAUUUCGAUUUGUUAUAUUAGUUUGUUCGUUAAAGCAUUUAAGUAUGGUUGACUUGUAGUGCUUUGGGUUAACGUAGCUGAAUAAGAUGGAUCUAAUCUCAUUAUUCAUUAGAUAAGCUUAGCAUCUGGAACACUAGUCAGCACCAUCGAGACUGUUACAAUAUGGUAUGCUGCGCUGAAACUCCCAUAAGUUCAAAUACACCUUUUUAUCUUGUUUCCUUGAACUUCAUGCGGCCGAAUAUUUCGUCACAUUCUUUAGCACAAAUUUAUUCAAGUACCUGAAAGUUAUGUUAAUUCAGCAUUGAUUGGUAAUAUUACGGCAGAUUUCAGCAUUCGAUGAAGUGGAAUAAUUCGGAUGCUAAAUGUUUGAAGAUCAGAGUAACACUGCAUGAAUCUGAGUUGGAGUUUAACAUAUCGGUAUGUUUUAUUUCUACAAUAAGCACCUUUGCUCCAGCCUAAAAGCACAGGAAAAUACCUCUUCGAUCUAGUCUGCAGUACAAUUGGCUUGAGGGAGACGUGGUAUUUCGGAUUACAAUUUUAUAGCUUCUUUCCAAAUGGAAGAAUGCAACUUUCUCACUGGCUUAAACUAGAUAAGAAGGUGAUCUAAUAUUUUCUCAACUACUGACUUUUAGAUUGUUUCACAAAAGCCAGAAGAUAUCUCUAAGUCUCUUUGCUUCUUUUUUCACACCAAAUUCUUUCCUGAAGAUGUUGAACAGGAACUAAUACAAGCUACAACUCGUCGUCUGUUCUAUUUAAGUGUCAAAUCCACCAUUUUAAAUCGAAGUGAAUCCAAUAUGAAUGGAAAUUGUUUUGGCGAUCUUUGUCCGUCCCUCGAUGUGGCUAUUCUUCUUGCCUCAUUGGCUUCUCAGGCAGAAUACGGUGAUCUUUGCGAGGAAGAGCUUAGUGAUACAGAGGAACUCACAUACUUACCACGCCGUAUUCUCAGAUUAAUCCCAGCUCAACUAUGGACCCAAAUACAGUCCACUCAAGGUGUAACACAGAAGUUUCGGGAACAUUAUAAAUCCCACAAGGGAAUGAAUCGGUUUGUUUUUAACAUCACUUUCCAUUUUAAAUAAUAUUACAGCGACAAGGCGGAACUUCAGUAUCUCAAAGUAGCCCAGAUGCAUAACCUUUUUGGGGUGGAUUUUUUCCCUAUUGUCUAUGCUCGGAUGAAGUUUCCUCGAAAUUUAAGCUCGACACAGAACGAAUCAACUCUUUGGGACAACACUAAUCAAUGUCACACAAAUGCUUGGCUUGGUGUUACAGCAGCAGGUCUUCAACUGUAUGGAAAGUGUCAACGUGAUCCACCUCAAUUUACAUUUCCUUGGAAUAUGAUAAAAAAUGUUUCAUAUCGCGAACGCAAAUUUACGAUCAAGUUGACCAGUACCUGUCGUGGAACCAACAAACCUAGUCAAAAUACAUCUGUCCCUACCUUAUUGAAUGAAACCAGAGGACCAGCUGUUAUUUCAUCAAAAGCAAGUCAGCCCAAUCGUAGUCCUCUUAUUAGUAUCACAGGCCAAGCUUUUGUUGGUGUUGCUGUAGGUUCUAGUGCAGGAGGUAGUGGGACGUCUGCCGCAAGCUUACCUAGCACUCCAAUAUCAGCUCGUCUUAUCCCUUCAGUUCCACCUGUUUCUCCAAAUUUACUUGAUACGUCUGUUAACCUUUCAUCUCCAAGAGCUGUUUCCAAGUUUGAAUCAUGCGAAACUGCACAACAACUGGGUGCUUCAAAAGGCUUCAAAGGUCGUGCUAAAGUUCUUGAACUAGGUUCACGCUGCAUUCCUGGUUUAUCAAUCAAAUCCUCUCGUUACUCUGCUAAUGAAUUCGCAGUUACUAGGACUAGUGUGAAUUGUCUUCGUGGCCCUAGGGUUCAGUCUGCGGAAAACAAUGUCUCGCUGCCGUCGAAAAGUUUGCUUAAAUCGUCCAAUCUGAAUUCUGAGACUGUAUUAAUCAGUGUUGUUGAAGUUUGGUUGGCAGACCCAAAUCAAGCUAAAACAGUUAUGUCUAUGUGUGCUGGUAACCACUCACUGUUCAUGAGACGUCGUCAGCCGGAUAGCAUUGAGGUCCAGCAAAUGAGAGCACAAGCAAGAGAAGAGAGAGCCAGACGAGAGGUUGAAAGAGCACGACUGGCAAAAGCACGUGCAGAAAAAGCUGAGGCUUUAGAAGCUAAAUCAGUUUUAGAGGCUCGGUGUGCUCAACUUGAAGAGGCACUAAUACAUCAGCAAAAGCGCCAAAACCCUUACACCUCUGAUAACCAUAAUCGUUUGAUCAAUACCUACGUAGCCAAUUCGACCUCCACUCAUACUUCUCAAUGUAUAUCCACUCAAUACAAUUGUAAAGUUGCUUUCAGUCCCACGAGGAAAGAAAAUCAAAAAGACGUUGAAAUGGACGGUAUGCAUAUAUCCCGAACGUUGAAUGACGAUGAUGAUGACCAGAAAUCUAUUUCUAAUCCCACUGUAGAUAAUGAUAAAACUACUAGUGAUAUGAAUGGUGACCGAUGUGGCAACUACUUUGAUGACUAUAGUUUCUAUCCACCAGUAACCAAUUUGGAUGGAUACCCAGUACAUCAUGGAAAAUCUUGGGAUGAUGGUAUUCAGAUAGACCAAAAUAAUUUGGUUUAUACUGACCCUCUAUAUCCAAACAUUCCAGCAAAUUCCUUCCCUGUCUAUUCUAAGUAUACUGACCAUCGAUUUGCUCCGGGUUCAGUAUCUGUUCCUGUAACACCUCACGUUAAACGCACAGAAGUGAUACUCGAUCGGGGUGCAGAUUAUUACCUGCAGUCAUCCAUGUGGCCGUUUGAAUCAACUAGCUGUCCAGUAGAUCUACAUAGCGAACAUUCUGUUUAUAAGACUCAGUCGAACAAAAAGGUGGUUGUGUAUCCAUCUUAUUUGGUUACCGAUCUUGGUCCAGUGUAUUCUGAUGGUGCUUUCUGUGGUAUUGCCAUUAAAUCUUUAUUGUCUGGAAAUCAUUGUCUACCUGGUGAAAUACCAGUAGUAUCUGUUGGGGAUUCCAUUUCCAAAGAACCGGAAACCUCCUUCUCUCCGUUUGUUAUUGUCCCAGGCAGCUUGCCUGCUCUUCACAAUGAUGAAGUUUUAAAUUCAAAAUCUCGUAACAGACCAACAGAUGUUUCUCAUUGUAAUCAUAAUCCGUGUUCUUGUGCAGUAAUGUCAACUGAACACCAACCUCCGACAGUCUGUCACAUACACUCUCCGCCUCAAACAAUUAUUCGUGAGGUUUCUUAUACUGUACCAACGAAUGUUCUGAGACACCCACAGUACUGUACACCUAACUGUCAUGUUCAGUUCGUCCCACACGAUCCUGUAGAUCGCAGCCAAUAUAUGUAUUCGAGUCCAUCUCUGGCUGCAAUACUUUCUCCUAUUGUUACUCAACGUUUGCAUCGUCGAAUUUCCAAUCGUCCACAGCCUAGUCGUGGCUUACAGCGACAGCAAUCGCAGCCGAAAAGCCCAAUAUCAUCUGACUCAGUUCAUAUUCCCUUAAUAGAACGUUCGACAAGUUACAUGCAAAUACCUUACUCAGAAAACGACUGUGGAUUAGCGUCUACAGAGGAGUUUAAUUUGACGAACAAGCACUUUUUAUCCCGCCCUACUGAUCGUGGCUGUUCUUUUCAAUAUCCACCUUGUUCCACAAACGUUCAUUCGAAAUACCAUGACUUUCAGACAGGUAACUUUUUGAUCUUUGCAAUAGUAUUUUGUCAUGUCUUUAUUGUUUCGGUUUAAACUCAAACCAUUUGGAUCCGUUUAAACAUAUUCAGUCAUCAAAAAGAAUCAUUAACUACCAUAGUAUUAAUUUGUUUAGUACAUAUCUUUAUAUAGGUUCUUGUAACUUUUAAUUUGAAAAACUUAAGCAUAAAUGUUAGAAAAAUUUAAUUAUGCACUUUAGUACAACAAGUGAGUCACAUUUCAGUUUCACACGAUUCUAUUUGCUCACUAAAUUUUAUGUAAUUUAUUUAUAAAUUGAUCUUAUCUCAACUGCGGACUUUCAUUCUAUCUCCAGGUAUUAAUAGUUCAUGGAAGUUCAAACGUUUGUGUUUGGUAUGUGAUUUGUUGUGUCUGUCUGUUCGUUUAAAAUCUGGUGUUUUUUUUUAAUUUGUUAUCUACACUGUUUUUUCCUCUUAGUUGCUUUUGCUUGUAUCAUUCUAAUCUGUUUUGUAUUGUAACAAGAAUCAGAGUUUUGGUUUACUAUCACAGUUAAACUAAUGAUUUCCGCUUACCUCGUGUGUCAAAGCCACGUAAUAAUUUGAGUUCAUUACUUUAGUAAUGAAAUUCGCUACAACUAUUUUUUAGGUCGCAAAUAUCCUAAAGAAGUUUAUCCGAAUCCACUAUUAUAUUAUCAAUUUCAAUCUCCUACAACAAAUGAAUAUCUUCGCCGUGCUGCUAGUCUUGACGUUUCAUCUGGGAAUAAUGAUCUUUUGUGGAAUAUAGCACCUCGUGAAUUGUUAUCUCGAACAAGUGAACGUAAUGAAGAUGAGAAUGUCUAUCUAUUCGAAUCAAAUCCUCCUUAUUCUCAACGCAGUUUCUUAACAAAUCAGUUACAGGAGGAAAGAGCUCACUUUGCAUUCCUUCAAACACAAUUUUCACGCCAGUUGUGUGAUACGUGGGGAUAUUUAAAAGCCGCUCGUGGUCAGCAAGCUGAUAAAUUAUGCGAUUCGGCAACCCACGCGAUUGGAAGUAAUAUUUACAAUAAUCCUUCUUAUGGUUGUGAACUGCGAUGUGAUCCGGCUGGCGCUUCGGAUGGUGCAUCCACUGGUGGUGGCAACAUAUGCAGCAUGUGCGGUUCUAGUGCAUAUGAUGGGCACGAUCAUCUUCACGACACGAGUCCUGACCAUCAUUUCUACGAACCGUACUCACAAUUAAACCAAGAUAUUUCAUCACCUGAUGACUCAGGUGUUAAUAAUUUAAGGUUGAUGAUCAGUAGUGGAAGGUCCGACAACAAAUUAGAAGGCAAUGCUUGUGCGUUAUAUCAAGAAUUGCAGUCUAGUGCGCAGUCACGAUACGCCUAUAUGAACUUAUACACACAGUCAACGAAAGCCUUCUGAAUUCAAAUUCAUAUACACUUCUAACCCUUUCAAUUUGCUUGCUGCAUCCAUCAUUCUUGUUUGCGUAAAGCCUUGUUGUAUAUAAAAGACGACUUCACUAUG